AUGGCCAACAGUGGUCGAGACACCAAUGGUUCGCAAUUCUUCAUUCUCUUCAAACCUGCGCAUCAUUUAAAUGGAAAACAUUGUGUCUUUGGGGAGCUUGUGGAGGGGCAAGCAACGCUGGACGCUAUCGAAGGUGUGAAGACCACAUCAGAUGACAAACCUAUCGCACCAAUCACCAUUGCGAGAUGCGGUCAGGUAGAAAGAAGAGUGAUUGGCGUUCGGCCAGUAAAGCGAAAGAAGGUCAAAGAAGUGAACUCAAGCUCAGACUCAUCUUCAAGUGAGAAGAAAAAGAAGAAAACAAAGAAAAAGGACAAGAAAAACAAGAAGAAGGACUAA